UCGCCGAUAAAUGGAUAAAGUCGAGUUGUAUAAAGAGAGGCAUGUCCGUUUCAAUUACUUAACACCUAUAAACAAUUUGAAAAACGCUCAUGAUUACUCGUUCUGUUUAUCGGUUCCUCUCCAACGUAUCGUGUUAUGCCGAGAUUGGCAAUCAACUCGACUGUUUGGAUAUUGACGCUGCUCUUUUGCCUCGCCGUGACUAAAAAUAAAACAUAUCCAGAAAAAAAUGUUUACUUUGUAGAUUUUCGAGAGGACAAAGUGGCACAUAAUUCCUCCGUAAGUUUUUGGAAGGGAAGACCACUUCGUGGAAAUAAAUCUCUCGAAAUUGUCAGAUCAGGAUUUCCGAACGAGACUUUGCGAUUUCGAGCAGCAGGAUAUGUAAAUCUUGAAGGAUAUAAAAACGCCAGCUUAAAUACAAGAACUUUGAUGGAUUUUAACGGUCCAGUUAUAAUAGAGAAUUUUGAUGAUAUGAACGAUCAGAACCUCGUGAGUCAUAUUCGCGUCAAGAGAAAUGAACCGAUUGCUCAUCGUCGACCGAGUUCCGUAAAUUUGCUUCCCCGAAAUUUCCAGCGCAGGACUGAUGAGACAAGCAUAUUUAGCGACUCGACAUUAAAAGGAUCACGGUCGGAGUACGAGAACCAAUCUGAUACCAUUGUGGAUACCAUGGUCCCGCAAUCACGACACAAACGAGGAGUCCUGUCGGAAAACGGCCAUCGUAGGAAACGCGUGAAGGGAAAUAUUGGACAUUCCAAACAUAACGUUGAGACGAAAAAUAAAAAUAAGAAGCACAAUACUUUAAAGUCUCCCAAUCAGCUUGUCACGAAAAAAACGAAAAAUCCAAACUCGAAAAAAAGACAUAAAAAUACUCAAAAAAUCGGAAUGCCUGCCAAAGCAAUCGACGAGUCGCGGAAAAUAGAAAAAAGAGAAUCCGAAAGUAGCGAUUUCAAUAAUAUUGCUAGUGCUAACGAACAAACGGAAGCUUUAAUUAAUCGUAAAGAAGAUGCGUCAUUAAUAAAUAGAAGUUUGGUAGAACAGCGACAAGAAAACGCCAUAAUGUUACCUUUUGUGCAUACUGGAAAAGCGGAAUUGCACAUUCGUAUCGAAAAAUUUCCUACGAACAAGUCAUCGUUUAUCAGUCCUAAUAAUUGGACGGAUCAUUCUAUCGGGACUAGUUCUUGCUCGAUUAUGUUACCGAAAUAUAAUACAAGUGAUGAAAUUCUCGAUUCUGAAAAUACAUCGUUCUAUAAUGCGGAAGUCGAAAUGGAAGCUUAUCCGGUUGAAUCCAACAUGCCGAGAAUCGAGAAUCGAAAUACAAAAAAAGAAAAUGAUUACAUGAACGAGAUGUCUGUAGGAUUAUCGGACAAGGACGCAAAGUUGCGAGCGAAGAGAAACCAGCAAGUUAUGUCUAAGUAUUUACGAAACGAUAAGAACUCAAAGGAAUCGACACGUUUCAAACACACCGAAGAAGGAAUCGGGGACACGAAAAGUGAGAAGACAAGUUACAGAAGGACUCGAGAUAAUCGUGCUGUAAGAUCGAUCGAAGAAAUUAAAGAGCUUGCCGAAAAGUUAAUCGCCAAGAUAAACGAACUGCAAGUAUAUGUGAGCAAUCGUAGUGAAACUCUAUAUAACUCUAUAAAAGAAAGGGAUUCUUGUAAAAAUGCAGAACGUGCAAUCAAGGAGGAAUCGAAGAUCACCGUGAAGAAGAAAGACAUCUCAAGUUCUACGUCAAAGAUUGCUGAGAACACUGAUGACAAUCGUCAGCGCUUUGCAAAGGAAGCGAUUUUGGCAGGUAAAAGAAUAUCCCAAAUGCGUUCUAACGGUUCGAGAUUCGCGCGAGGAGAGCAUCGAACGAGGAGAUCGCGUCGCAAAUGGGGCAGGUGGAUGGACUGGAGCAGCUGUAGCGUCACCUGCGGCAAGGGUCGACAGAUCAGGUGGCGGCAUUGCCUGCACGACUGUAAUGAUGCGGAAACCGAGAUGGAAGAGAAAGCAUGCCAAUUGCCGGCCUGUCCCCCAAGUAAGUUCCUCGGAAUAUUUUGAAAGAUUCCUCCUUCGACA